AUGGUUCGACCAGGUCUUGACCAGCCGAAUCAGGCACAUCCUCAGGGUUACGGAAACAACAAGGCAGAUGUUCAGCCAAACAUACCAACGGGUAUACCGGUCAAUAACCAAACACAAAACCUUUGGAGUUCUGAUCUAUUCGAUUGCAUGAACGACAUCGAAAACGCUGUGAUAACAUGUAUAGUUCCGUGCGUCACGUUUGGACAGAUCGCUGAAAUUGUUGACGAAGGCGCGACAACUUGUGCGAUUGGUGGGUUGUUGUAUGGAGCGAUAUUUAUAACUGCGUUCCCUUACAAAUACUCAUCCCUGUUCCGGGCCAAGAUAAGAAACAAAUACGGGUUACCGGAGGCUCCAGCUCCAGAUUGGCUUACUCACUUAUUCUGUGAGCAUUGUGCUCUUUGUCAAGAGUAUCGUGAGCUCAAACACCGUGGUUUUGACCCCAAAAUUGGGUGGGCUAUGAAUGUGCAAGCACAUCAGCAAGAGAUGAGUGUUGCAAAACAAGUUCAAGAUAACAUUUUCGAUUCCAUUUCCAGAAAAUAA